AUGUUUUGCUUAGUCGAAGAAGAAUGGCGACUAGCUUCGAAAUGGCUAAUCGAUACGGAAAAUCGCAGUUUUCGACGUCGUGGAGGAUUUCUUGGUUCAAAAUUAUGCAAAAUUUUAGCUGGUAUCGUCGCAGUGACUGUUGUUGGUGGUGUCGCAGCCACAGUACCAUUCAUAGUUUUAUCAUCAAAAGUUCCAUCAGCAACACCACCAGCACCCAUUACAACACAAACUUCUGUGACCACAUCGACAACAUCAACAACUACUACUAGUACAACGAGUACAACAUCGACAACAUCAAGUAAGAUAUUUAAAGGAAAAGGCUUUGCUGUUUCGAGAAGGUCGAGGUUCGAAUAG